AUGUCCAUAGGAGUUUAUAUGAAUGACCAAAAUGAAGACGAAGGUGGUGUGAAUAAAGAACAUGUAGAUUGUUCUGAUGCGUUCAAUACUUCUUCAGUGUUUGCUACCCGUGAUGAUGUUCUACAAUGGGCUCGAUCUGUUGCUUAUGAAAUUGGAUUUGUGGCGGUAAUUAUGAGGUUAGACACAAAUAAUGGUAUUAAAGGAAGAACCUCAUUUGUUUUAAUUGGUUGUGAAAGGAGUGGUCAGUAUAGGGCCAAGAAGAAGGAUUUGGUAAGAACAUGUACUGGUAGUAGAAAAUGUGAGUGUCCAUUUAAGCUGCGAGCAAAACCAGUUGUGGGGGGCGAAGGAUGGAUGGUGAAUUUAAUCUGUGGGAGUCACAAUCAUGAAUUGGCAAAGUCUUUAGAUGGACAUCCAUAUGCUGGUAGACUAACUAAGAAUGAGAAGAUAAUUGUUGCUGAUAUGACAAAGUCAAUGGUCAAAUCUAGAAAUAUUCUUCUAAUGUUGAAAGAGCACAAUGCCAAUAGUUAUACAACGAUCAAACAAAUAUACAAUGCAAGAAAUGCUUACUGUUCUUCCAUAAGAGGCAGUAAUACUGAAAUGUAA